CUUACAAGAGCAAGAAACAACCUCAUUUAUUAAUCAGAACGUGGGCUCGUGUUUGCAUUUAAAUGAACCUGAUUUGAAUAUCCCAAGGAUCAGUGAAUAAAAACAACAGCAUUUGCCAGAGAGGCUUUGAAAAGGCGUGUUUACCGAGUCGCAUGCUUAAAGAAGUCAUUGUUGACGAAGCAAACCCUACAGGUUGGUUAUAAAUGAUUCGAUAUUUUCUUUGAAGGAUUUUAGCUUAAGUUCUCGCUUCGCUGUUGUUAUUUUCAUUUGCAAUAUCAACUCCGUGAAUUUUAACACAGUAGGGUCUUAAACCUUCGGUUAGGCUGUUUAAACAAAAUAGGACUUGCGUGUCUUUUUUCCCGUUACAAUACAUCCGAGAAAUAAUUUGGCGAGGAAGGUGGAGUAUUUUUUAACGCAGGUGUGCUCUGGGAAUAAUCGACCUUUCCAUGAUCGCGCGAUUCAAUGGCAAUACAGCGACAUUACAGCUGUAGCUUCCAAUCAGUUUGCAGUCUAAACAUUGUAGUGACUUGUACUUGCAGGAUGUCGUCUUCAGUAACGCCAAGAACCACGCGAACCCCCGUGGAAAGAUCGAGGAGAUGGAGCGCUCCUCCGCGACAGAAGGUAGUCGGACGCUCGGUUCGAUCUCCCGAUGAAGUGGUCCGGGACGUUCGAGGUCUAAAGAUGCGCCAAAGAGUUUCUUUGGCUCUCAGCGAUGACAUUCUGCGGGGAGAAUUGGAGGACAUGUUAUCCACUCACAAUGAAAAGUCGAUGAACGCAGACUCUUUCCGCACGUAUCAAGACUUCUUGAUCCCUUCGGGAGGCUUUUAUGGCGGUGGUCUUGGGGGUAUGUCCGCCAACGUUAUCUCAGACAUCAGAGGGGCGGACACACUGCACUAUUCCAAAUUUGAAAGGCAAUUGCGGUGUAAGGUGGCAUCUGUCUAUCGCCUGAUACAGCUGUUUGGAUGGGGAAAAGGAAUCUCCGAUCGAGCUGCAUUUACGGUACGUACAUAUACGUGGGUGUUUAGAAAAUCGCAUUAAUGUUCUACUAAGUGUUAUGUUCAUUUUAUUAUUGAUGUCGUUUGUAACAUAUGCAAUCGAAAACUUCGUAAGAGGUUAUUUGAAUUAUUCAAAGUUUUGCUUUGUUCUAGUGUUCUCUGUGGUAAAAUAACCUACUUCUAAUUUCCUUUAUGAUGAAAUUCAAGACUCCAAUGGUUGCGUGUUUAGCACAAAAAGUUAAAGAUUGUAUUUCAGGAAUUAUGUACACACCACUUAAGUUUAUGUUGAUCACUUUGACGUGUUAUUGAUAUUUCAAGACUCUUUCGUCGUCGUAGACAUAUAAGGAAAUGUGUGGUAAUAUCAGCAGCGACAAAAGAUAUUUUGAGCAUUUAAGGUGAUACUAAGUUGAUGUCUCACUAUCUCCCUUCUUCCUUUUUCAAUUUUUGACUUAACAAUUUAAUCUACCUAGGGCAUUUCACAAAAUGAAUCCUACUAAAUGUUCACUUUUGGAAAUAAUUAGAUCUCACAUACUAUACCCUGGUAACAAAGACUUGCCCAAAAUGAAUGGAAAUUGAAUUGUUUCCUAUUGAACUGUUUGAAAACUGUUUACAUUUCCAAUUAAGUGGUCCUGGUGUUAACUUACAAUUUUAUAGUGAUUACACCAAAACUUCCUUGGUUCUAAAAUUAUAAUCUAUAUAUAUCAUUGGAAGAGCAACCUUGCAUAUAUCUGUGUUAUAAAUAACUGUGAUUCAUACGGUCUCUGAUAUGUUCUGCUAUGCAGAUGACAUUUGGUCCAAAAUGAAUGAUGUUGCUCUAUGAAGGGAUUAUUUUCACUAGUGGUUUUAGUAGUAUUUUUCCCUUGUAAUAGAAAGGUUGAAUAUUCAAUCAAAUGUUAAAAAUGUAUGAAAUGAAAGGUUUUGCCAAAACAUGCAACUUUCUAGACUAACCAACUCAAACUUUUAAUCAAUACAGCAAUAAUCCCAAAAAUAAAACUACUGACAGUAACUUGAAAUAUGAUUUCAGACUUACAGUAUGUGUAAUUUUGAGCCAAAGUGUAAUUUCAUUACCCAAAUUCUAAUUAUGUUAAAUGGUAUAUGAUUUGCAUUUUUCUUUGGAGUAAAUCCAAUUACAGGUAUUUUUGAUGAUUGUUAUCUCAGCCUGUUUUGUCUGAUUAGAAAAGUGAAUGAUUGCUAGAGUCGUUUAGGGACAAGGAGUUGGACCCCAUGGGGUGCUGAUUGGACUGUUUCAAAAAAAAUUCUCACAACAGAUAUGAAAAAAAUUGUAUUUCUUGUUAAGAUUCUGCCAAAAUGAAGCUGAAAAGGAUCACAAUUUUAAGUGGUUUGAGAGAGGUUAAAAAUUAAGUGAUAUAUAAGAUCUCAGGGUCUAUAGCUGAAGUAUAGUGAUAACAUGUGAUCAUUUGACAUUAAGUUAAGAGAUGAUGGACAAGUCACUUUUCCUACGGUCUUUGAAUGAAUGAGAUAGCACAGUAUAAAUACUGAGAGUAGAAUGACAGUAAAAUUUGAAAUUUUUUUAAGCCUGCUGAUUAAACUGGAAGAUUAUAUUCUUCAAUGAGCACUUAAAUAAUUUCAAGUACCAUUUCUCCUUUAAAUUAAAUUAAAGACAGCAAACAUAUAUGACCCUCCACAGGGUUUCAGGGAAUAAGGUGAACGCAUGUACACAGCACGUUAUCACAUGCUUGCACGCUAAUGGCAUGACAUGCUUGCCAUGCAGAUAUACGCAUAAAAACAAUUGAUUUUGGAAAGCGUGUUGUAGCCAUUGUUCAUAUCUGGCUAACACGGUAGAGCUUUGUUUCUACAACACGCUAGAUUUUUUUUUUUUAACAAGCUAAGUUCUUUUGUUCCUUAACAUGCUAGUUUAUCUUGUACAACUCAGCUUACUUUGUUAGUUGUGUUUGUCAGCUUCUUAAUAAAUUAUUGUGAGAAUGGUGUUUGUACAGUAUAUUACUUACAGAAUAUAAGCGGAAAUGAAGAUCUUCUGUCCUAUCCAAAAGUUGUAAUAGAAAAUGAAAUAUUCACGGCAAAUCAUGGCUCUUUCCCUGAGGAUUUUCACCAGGAAUUCAGUGAGCACGACAUAUUUCACAAGGUCCAGAGGAGCUCAGUUUGAAUGCAUGAAUAGCUUUUUUAAAACUUAAUUCUUACUUUGUAAAAUAUAAAUCCUUAUCACUUCACACAGUUAAUAAGCCCAGUACCGAAUCUUUGGGAAUCCUUUAGCAACAGAUUUCUGGCUUCAUGUCCCCUAUGCGGUUGCUGUUUAUCACUCUUGCAAACCAGCAUUCUUAAAAUAAAUACCAGUAACUGUUAGUUAGCCAGUACUAAUUAAAGCUUUCCAAGUGAAGCUAUGUAUUAUUUACUGUAAGCCAAUCUUGGCAUCUUACAAGCUCUUAGUCUUUAGCACUGCAGUUUAUACCUUGCAUAACGUAACUGUAACAAGAGGAUAAUUAAAAUUAAAAUUGUUGAAGGUAUUAACAAGAUUUUUAGUUUGCAAACUGAGCAAACUUGAAGUUUCAAACUCCUCUGGAUGACACUACCACUGCACCACACAGACUGUUGUUCUUGUUAAUUAAAUAAAUAAUUACCUGUUAAUUUAAUAAAUAAUGCCUUGGAGACUAGCAGAACAGACAAAUGUGGUGAGAGCACAGUUUACCCUGUUUAUGAGGUAGCCAUUUGCUUUGGAUCAUACAGGUUUGCUCUUAUUAUUUUAAAAGCUUGUGCUUGCUACCUUCAAAAGUUCAUGCAAGAUUUCAAGAGCAGGGCACUUUGCUUGUUCGGCCUGUGUUUUGCAAGCUGUUUUAAGAAAAUGAGGAAUUUGAAAAAGGAAGGAAAAAAAGUCAAACACAGUUUUAAAUGAUAGACAACAAGUCAAGUUAUUCCUUUAUGUUUGGCAAAUUAGUUGCACCGGAUACUGAGUAUCAUAUAUUGAUUGGGCAAAUCAGUGAGCUCAAAAAUCUUAAAGCUUAGGAUGUACUUCUUGUACAAAUCAAAAGCAACUUUAACUUUAAGAGGCAUGUUAUAAAAUUGGCACAGUCACCAUGUUAUAUGCGAGCAAGAUCUUAACAAGCAAAGUUAAUGAGGCAAGUAACUUACAGCAGCUAACUUGUUGAAAGUUCAUUCUUUUCUUUUAGCAUGCAAGAUUACUGUGAGCUUGCAUUCACCUUAUUCCCUAAAAACCUGUGGAGGGUCACAUAUGAACUUCAAAUAGAUAUUUGAUGACACUCUGUUACCAAGCUUAUUUUAAAAGCAACCAGACCACAAGAUAUUAGGUUACUACAAACAAUCUGCCUUCUGAGAGUAGUGUAAAAGUCUGUCACAUUUUUUCUGUAAUGGUAGAAAUUUAUAGGAAAAAGCUUACUUCCACCAUCCCACACAGAUAUCUGGAGUUUUUAAGGUGAAGAAUUUCAUUUGAAACCCUUCAAGGCUGUGCUUAGAAAAGAAUUGCUGACUGUCUUGCGAUUCCCUUCUCUUUUAAGGGGGGGUUCCCAGAUUUCAAAUGAGCAAAGUUAUUCAAAUAGCCAAAAGACAAAGUUGUAGUUGCCUGAUUGUGCAACUUGCUUCCUGCCAGAGGACAGCCCUACCUUUCAUUAAAAUUGCAUCCAAAUGUGAAACUCAAAGUAGAAUUUGGAAGGAUACCUGCUCAUUUCUGAUUGUUAAUUCACCCCUCUAGCUGCUACAUACUUCCUGUAAGUUAGUUAUGAGAAUUUGGUGUUAAAUCAAGGUAACAACUUCUACCUAUUAAAUUUUAGUGUUUGUUACCUACUUGUUGGAUGAUGUAUGUAUAUUAGAGGGAAAAGUUACAAGUAGAUCUUUUCCAGGAGUUAAAGAGUUAAGUUAUCAAUGGCCUUUUGUGAUACCUUAAAUUACUUAGAAACAUAAUUUCUAUGUUUUAUCAAAAUUAUUCUGAGAGCAAAUUCAACAAUUGAAUUGUUAAUAUUAAAAAUAUUGUUUUAUAUUAACUUACUUUUAAUUUUUUCCUUCUAGGUUUCUGCAUCUGAAAAUGACAAUGAUGAGCAUCAGUAUUUUGUUGCUCCCACUGGUUUGUUGUUCAGUGAGGUGACCGCAUCUUCCAUUUUGAAGGUAGACCAUAAGGGAAAUGUAAUGGAAACAGGAAACACAAAUCUUGGGCUCUAUAAGUCAGCAUUUGAGCUCCAUGCUGUCAUACACUCAACAAGAAAAGAUGCCAAGUGUGUCAUUUUUUUGUCAGCUGACUCAGUGAAAGCUGUAAGUAUGAUUUUGCCACUACUUUUGAUGUUUUAAGUUAGAAAUUAAGCUGUUUGAAAUAGGUUUUCCAUUAUGUAGUUAAGUAUAUCAAUUGUUUAGAUUUAGGAGCAUGGUACUUACUUACCAUUUUAUAUCUGUGCUUCUUUGAAAUUUAUAAUUCAAACUUUUUAAAAUGUUUUUGGAAUGGAGAAGAAUUUCUUAGUAAACAUUCUCUUGCCAUCUUUCUCAUUUGCAUCCAAAACUUACAUAUAUCAACAGCAAACAAACCAUCCCAUCAAAAUAACCAUUUUCAUUUCAAUUAUUUGAGGGAUACCUUAUGAUAGAGUUGCUCAAGUUUCAAGAACAAAAUUCUGCAAAUAUCUUUAAGGUGUCUUGCCGAAAACAAAGUUAAAAAACUAACUUGAAGUUCACAACUAGCUUGACACUCGUUAUGGCCCAGAAACGUAUGUUUUCAAUUGUUCCAUUUUAUCUUGUCAUUCUAGUUUACAAAGGAAUAAAGAAUUUUGACCAAGUCAUGGAUUGACUAAUGACAUUUCCCUCAGGCUUGAAUUAAGACUCUAAUUCUAUAUGAUUGUUUUCUGUGUCAGGUUUCUGCACAAAAGAGAGGAUUGGUACCAAUCACUCAGGAAGGAAUUGCAGUAAGUGUCAGUUAUUAAGCACUUGGCUAGCAAAGUGCAAUUUUUUAUUGUAAUAGUUGCUGUUAAUUAAUUUUACCAUAAGAGUAGGACCACAGCAAGCUAACAAUUGGUUACAACUUUUUGAUCAAUUUUAAAUAGAACUCAGUUAUGUAUACCAUGAGUCAAUGUGGUUCCAAUGUUAAAUGUUGCUGUUACUUCAUGAUAGGUUGGAGAAGUUUCUUAUCAUGCUUUUCCUGGGUUGAAGCUGGAUGAAGAAACACAAGAUUCCUUAAUCAACAGCUUUGGACCAUCAAGCAGGGUAUAACUAAAAAAAAUGUUUACUUGCAAUGUUCAACAUCACCUACAAAAAGGACUGAGAAUUGAUGAAGUUGGCAAAGAUAAACACAAAUGGCAAAUGAUGAGAUGAAGCCAUAUAGGGCAAAUUUUGCAUGAUGCAUAAACUGUGAUGUAGCCCCUUUUGUCAAUGGCAUCAUUAUAACUUGGGCAGAAGUCUACUGAGUCUGCCAAUUACUUUUGCUCUAAAUUCAGUUGUACUCAACAAUCCUUUCACAGCAAUCUGUUUGAUUUUUGUUGUUGGUGUGAACACAUCACUGUCUCUAUGGUAUGGAAACCAGAUGUCAAGGAACUUUUUUAUGCGAUUGAUGUAUAUAACAUGUAUGUGCUUUGUUGUGAGACCUGAAUGACCUGCAGUGUAUAGAAAUGUUCUGAAGUUAAUCAAUCAUCCCUUACACUGUUUGGUUGUCCAGAUUCUCACCAAAAAGUGCCAACAUAUACCAAUUAAGCCAUUGAAAUACCAUUGACUGCUGUGCUGUGGGAUUUAUUUUCUAGUUUGUAAAUUCUAGUUUGUUACACUCAGUAACUUUGUUGGUAUUUUAGGUUUUAGUUUUAAGGAACUUUGGUGCUAUUUGUGUUGGGGAGACCAUAGAAGAGACUACAUAUCUGGCUUACCUGCUUGUUACCGCUUGCGAACAACAGGUAUGUACUGAGCUAAGAAGUUUUUCAUUGUUUAACCCUCUACACCCUAACAUCAGUAUCUGUAUUCUCAGUACUCUGCUUCAUACAUUUCCUUUGGUACUGACAAGGAGAAUUUGUCUAACAAUCAACACUACUUAGGUUAACAAUUAUUUUGUUUAUUCUCAUGAUCUUAAUGAUUGAUUCAGCUGUAUUAUUUUAUGGAGAAAUUAGAUUCUGGUCACUCUUAGGGUUAAAAACAAUACUUAAUAAUGAUAAGUGUUAACUGUGGUUGUAAUGAGUGAGUAUCUUGGUUUUCACAUUGCAAUAUAUACUGGUGGUGAGGAUGUCAGUAGGUUACUAACAGCUCACAUGUAUUGACUAUGAUAAUUUUACUAGUACAUCUAUUAAAUAUUGAACUGUUGUCUUUAUGCAUGAAAAUUUAAUUUUAUCCAAGUCAUGUUUUGUGCAAAACAUAAAAAUAUGGUGAAACCAGAAUUUAGAGCACAACUGAUGUUGCUAGCUCUAUCUUUCCAUAUAUGGAUAUGUAUAGAAAAGCAAACUGUGGCAAGUAUCAUUAUUGGAUGAAGCUCUUGAGUUUUUGUCAGUUAAGUUCUUAUGGUAAAGAAGCUUUGUUCUGAUUGGUUGCUGUUGUUAUUCUGGUUUUGGUUUUUCAACACUCCUUUGAAAACUGCUUUUAUAAUAUUAAUCAUAGCCAACUCAUAUCUAGCUUUUAUAGCUGGUGUCCUUUCAGAUGCUCCAUGGAUAAAGAGAAGGCUAAAGAGCACCAAAACUAAAAGUAGAGCUGUUAGCGCAGGAACCUAUUUUUCAGAACUUUCUUUACUUGUCCACCGCUCAAAACUAUUUUAAUUUGUUCUUAGGUAUCUGCAAUGCGCGCAGGUAUGGACGAGCUUUUGGAGAUUGAUGAUGAUGGCAAAGAAAGCAUGAUGAAUUCAUUUUAUGGAGGUUUAGAUGCAAAUGAGAACCAACAAAAGAUGGCCGAGCUUCAAUUUGAGGCCUGGAUGCGAAUGCUUGACUCCAGGGUAAGGGAUGUUUGUGGGAUUGGGCGAGACAAAUUAAAACCUGCCACGUCAAGAGUCGUGUGAAGUUUGUCCUCAAUAUCCUGAAGAUAUUCUUUUAACCCUGUUUGUGUUAGAAGGUUAUGUGUCAAUGAGAUAGACCCUUUGAUUUCUAAAGAAAUGAAGCUUAUUGAAUCAGUGUAACCCCCUGCUGAAGGUAGCUGCUCACCUGUGUUUUCUUUCAUUUCCUGGAAGUCCAAGAAGUAUUUACGUUUGCCCCGAUUGGCCAUUAGAUCGCUUUUCGAUUUACUGUUGUAAAACUCAAAACGGUCAAUCUGAAUGAAAGUUUUGCAUCUGAUUGGUUAAGAGAGUUGUACGAGUUUUCUGAACUAAUCACAGAGCGAAGUAGACCAAUGCAAUCUCAGAUGACUUUCGACUCUCACUGGAAAAUUUCUCCAGGAUCUCAUUGAUACUGGCUUCAAAGCAAUUUUCAAGUGAAUGUCAAAAUUAAAUAAGGAUUACUUUCGUUCUGCUUUCCUUCGCUUUACGAUUGGUCUAGAAAUCUUGCUAGCCGCGUUUUCCCGCGCUUGAUUCUGUUUUUGUGCGUUUGCGUCCAGUUCUCAUUGGUUCGUUUUGAUGUUAACCCUUGUUCUGGUUGACAGUGGGUUUUGUUUUACGACACUCAAUCAAAACCAUUUUACUAGAAAACUGCCCUGUUUUGUUUGUGUGAAAAUUUGAGCGAAACGUGUGGUGGUAUAGUCUUAAAAUGCUGAACAUUUCAUUAUCUUACUUUAACCGACGUGGCUUUUCUUAUCCAUGGCUGUAGGGUUGCAAGACUGGUUACAAUUACCGCAACCCUGAGAUCUUUAAAUCAGAAGAAAAGGAAGCUAAAUCACGCGAGACAACACCAGCUAAGACUUCCACAACUCGUACGGAGAUGACAAUCUACCGUGACGCUAACGUACGCCGCACAGCCUCCCUUGGACGAGGAAACACCUACAGGUAGCUAAAGAAAUGGAGAAACGUUCACUGUGUCAAUAAUUUUCGGAAUUUCGUUUGUUUUUCCGACUUUGCUAUGCUUGUCUAUUGUUGUAAGAAACUUGCAUAACCUGCUAAAAAUCGAAUGCAAAACAACAUAUGAAACUGUUCUUGUUACUUUAAUGUAAUUUCAGCUCUCUGCUUCCUUGUGAUAUUUAAAUUUCAUCUAAUAAGCCGAUGUGAUAACUUUAGGACAGGUUUUGUGACGCGAAGUCGAAAAUAGUGAAAUAGUUUUGUUCACUUCAGUUAAGCCGGCAGUAAGCUUAAUCGAGCAGAAUGGCAGUGUGUUUUAAUUCACCACACAACCAGAGACGAAAUGCUCGGUUCGUUCUUAUCACAAAUGAACAAAGGGGGCAAGUUUCUGAAGAAACUGUGGUGCUACGGUGCAGAGUAUUACAAGAUAAUUUGAUUUUAUCAACUGAGUUGAGUGUCUAGAGCUGACUUUUUGAGCGCUCUUCCCGUCUAAAUUAAACUAUGACUUCGUUUUCGUUUUCGUUUCCUGCACGUGGUGUUUUUGACACUCUUGUUUUCUGUCGCUAGUCAUGGGUUUUAAGCCGUUUUAACAAAUCUGGUUUCUUUCACAGGAGUCGCCUGAAGUGGCUGAAUUCACCUGUGAAGGCCACCGAGUACAAAAGAGAACGGGAGCUGGACAACUCUGAGCCGGUGCUUAUUAAAGACAGACAACCUGAGAAAGAUAACAAAGACGAGGAGGUAACUGGUUGUUUUUGCAUUCACGAAAUUUCUGCGGGAAGCGCAUUUUAAAAGAGUUUUAAGAAGUUGAAUUAAAAUGAAAAUACAACUGUACAAUUGUUCGCAUUUACACAGCUAUGAGCAGGGUUCCUUUGUUACUCCGCGGUAAGCCUGCUUCGAAACUAACAAAUAGACCAAAGUUAUAAUAAAAAUAUUUGAGACUUUCUCCUCUUCUGUUUUUCAUUAGGAAGUGUUUAUCACCACCAAAGUCGUUUCGGUGAACCAGUCUGCGCCAGUCCUACCCACAAGUGAUCAGGAGAGCCAAGAGGUCACGGAGGAAGUGGUGACGUAUGUAAAGGCACAGGAGAGGCACUUUGAACCUCAGGAAGUCAAGGUGUUCUUGGAUGACUCCCAAGAUAGCCUGGACGCAAGUGGCGAGCGCACUGGUCCCGUGAUUGUGGAGUUAAAGCGAGAACCGGUGGGCCUUGUGCGAAGGAAGUCUGGUAACAAAGUGAAGAAGCGACGAAGUUUCCGAGAGAAGUUUACUAAAAGGCUCAGCAGUGGACAGUAGACACGUUAUGCUACAGUUUUCUGAUGUUUCCACCACUUGGUAUGUUUUAAACAAUUUAGUGCAAUACGCUGAACUGUGCUCCUUGGCGAGGGUAAGGAGUAAUUAUCUGUUUUUGGAGGUUGUAAGAACAAUAAUUUCGGUCAUAGAGGAAACCAAAGGUUGAUGUUGUCUGCGCUUUUGUAGUUCAGGUAAAUCAGAAUUCUGGUGAGCGAACCAAUUAAAAUUUCCAACUAAGGUUGAAUAUGCGUGGAAAAAAUUCCGUUUUUAUGCGUUUUUAGAAUGGGGAACUUUUUUCUUCUCGAAGAAAGCCACGUUAUUUUAAACUCAAAAAAAGAGGAAGAACUCACGCAGUGCUCUUACACACGCUAUCUGUACGUAGUCUAUGCGCCCGCCUUUGUGGUUUUUAUUACACACUCAUCAGGCACAAUACGCACAUUCCCCGUUUUUGUUUGCAAUGUUAUUAAGAGAGAUCUCAAACCAAGUUUAUGCAAAAGAAGAGUAAAAAUAAUCAUUUGUAGCAAUAAUGUGUAGUAUCUGCAUCUGUCUUAAAGGAGAUAUUUUUGUAGUUUUCUGUUAAACCUACUAAGAAGGAUGAGGAAAUUUAAGGAAUUUAUAGGUAAAUUUUGCUGUUCGUGUUUGCUGCAAACGUGGCAUUGUGCAUACGCCUCGUGCGUGAAUAGUGCAGCUCAGAUGAGAUAUGUCAAAUCUUUCCUUUCAUAGAGUGGGACUCGUGUUAUAUACUCGAGCAUUUUUAUAAAAGUGGAUUUUUGCCUUUUUAAAAUGACAUUUCGAGGCAUGCGACAGUUAUGCUGUAUAGUUUUAUCUUAAGGGUGCGUUUUAACAUUAUAUAAUGCCCAGAGUCUGUGCUGCGAAAGUUUGAAACCUAAAGCUUUCGAGAUAUCUCUAGAAUUGACAAAAAUAACGUAUUUUCAAUUGAAAGUUGCUAUCGUCUUUCUUCUUCAUUGUUUGUUGUUUACUUUUUAGCUUUUAAACUGUUUUAAUGCUCGUUGCACUUUUAUUGUUUAAUUGUUCACUAUGUUGUCUUCACCAGGUUUUGAUAUUUACAAUCAGUGACACUGGUAGAAUAAUUAAAUAACCAGUAUUGGCCAUUAUGCAUUGCGCGCCUCUGUUUUUGUUAUGGUUUUCACGAGAGCGAGGGUUUCAAUGUUUUCCCAAAGCUUGUGGAAGAACCACAUCGACUUAAUGGCCACCGAUGGCAAACGCCGCGCGUAGUGCACACUGGUCAAAACUGGGUCUUAAAUUAACCUUCAUCAUUCCUCAAGAAAGGGGUUUAAAACGACUUUUAAAGUUAAUCUGUAAGAGAUGACCAUGGAGCUUGUUCAAAGAAAUUGUUAUUUAGUUUGCUAAUGUAAUGAACUGGCCAUGUGUUUGCUUCUUGUUGUUGUUGGG